GAGUUGGGAUAAUUUAUUUGAAAUCACAAUCUUCGGAUCUUUCGAAGCCAUCCAAUCCUCAUUUUUUAACGACAUCUGCUUUGGCCAGAAGGCUUUCCAGAUGGCAAUGACACAAUACUUCGUACCAAAAUACUGUACAGUCGCUGAAAGCAAAUGCCGAUAAAAUCCCCUUCGAUCGUCAUUCAUUGAUUGCAUUGAUCGAUAGCCAACAAUUGAUAGCCAGCUCCGGAACAUCUAUCUAAAAACUUCGUAAAGAUGAGGAUCUCUGCGCUACCUUUCGUGCUGCUUGUUUGGGCGAACGGCAUCUCUGCCUUUGUGGUAAAGCACCACCAAACUCGCUCUUCAGCUCUCGCGGCAACGUUGGAGUCUCAACCCCAGCAGCGAUCGUCGCAGCAAUACCGACCCGUCCGACCCGUGUUUGUGGUGGGCGAAGUCCCCGCCGCCAUGGGAGCCUCCUUGGCGUUGAAUUGCUUUCAAGUAUUGACGGGACAGAUGCAAAUCCCUGCGGACCAACGGGGAUCUCCGCCCCAACAACCCGUCUCGCUGUUCAAUGCCAACAGCAUCGACAAACUAACAGAAAACAUUGGUUUGUACUCCAACACGGAGCCCAUCUUGCAUGUGUUUGUCGGUGCCACGGGAGAUGGUGUUGGUAUUCUGAGAGACCCCGAAGUUAGAGCUGGAAUUUCCUAUUUGGGAGUCCAACCGAGUCCCUGGGAUACACAGGGACCUCUGGUGUCGCUCGAAACGGCACAAAUGUACAGCCCCACUCUCAAAGAGGUACUGAGCAAUCUGUCUCCCCGCAACAAUAAUAAUAGCCCCGGCCAACCCGUGGUAUUUCUCACCAUGGAGUUGUCCUUGCAUCUGGCAUUGCUCAAUGGAAACGUCUUGCCCAAAUCUACCGCCAAUCAAGACUCCUUUCAUGUACUCAUGCCGGAAGGGGGCAGUAUUGUGGUAAACUACCUCUACGACACCAAGUCCUUUGGAAUGGGCACGGACCCUCUCUCCUGCAAGACCAAAGAAACUGUCAUUUCCACACCACCUACCUUUUCCACCGCCAAGAGAAGUUCGUCUUCCGCGGCGGCAUACACGGCGUUGCGUGGCAAUGGAAUGGACGAGAUUUCUUCCGCGGCCGUGGCAGCCGCGUGUGCCACCAUGCUAGGAGAUGAUGCGGCCAGGGCUACAUCGAUUAGCUGGUCCACUGUGGAAAAAGCUUGUCAGCUGGCUCGGCAUAUUCGUCAAUAUGGCGCCGUGGACAAUCCCGGUGCCCUUCGAAAACAAUACACUGCGUAUGGAUACAAAUAGAAAUUAGAAAAGAAGAGUUUCGGGCUGACCCACGCACUCAAUGUGAAGAAAUCCAUGCAUAACCGCUUAAAUAGAUGUUUGUUUGUUUGCACAUUUGUUACACAUUGCUGUGUCGUUUGAGCGUGGUCUCAAUCAAGACGGUAAGGUAACAUUGGAUGCUUUCGUUUAGGUGUCUUGCACAGAGAACAGUUCCACUUCCUCUGAAGUUCAGCUAGCUAGCUUAAGUUUUGCUACAGUACUCAUUGUCACUAUCUACUAGCUAGUAAACGGUUUGCGCUAGUUAACUCCUCUCUUCAUCAGUCCACUGGAAGAACCUUGCCAUUUGGCCUUGCGAAUGGGGCCCUUGCAGUGCCAUUGCUGACAACAGGAGGGAGGUUGCAGAGUGGAUAUCCGACGGUGAUUCAGGGGUCGUAUCUCUCAUCACGGGAACAUCAAUGGUUUCGUUCCACUGGGGAUUCAGGUUGCGUGCUUUGACGCACGUUCUUUGGUGAAGCUCACGUCCACCAUCGCCGUCAGUUUCACUGGCAAUCACUAGGCAAAAUGGAUCGGAAGAACCAGUGACAUCCAUGACAGGCACAUUGGUGGCUCGGUCAAUAGCAACUCGCCAAAGUCCCAAUAUGCGUGAGUCUGCGGGGAGCUCCAGCCACGUAAUGGAGCAAAAUAGGGUGCUUCCACGGGCAGUGGCUUUGCUGCAACCCUCGAGUUUGUACUCUCGGUUUUCUCGAAGAGCAUCAAGGGCAGCAGAUUCGUCAGACUUGUACGGAUCUGGCAAUGCUAUGGUGACAUUGCCACAAUGGUCGUUGAUUUUGGUGCUGUCGAAGUCAAAGACUUGCAAGGUUAGUCUGGUCCAUCUGCCAGUAUUCGUGAAUUGGUGAUAAUAGACUCGUGCCGCAUGGAAUGCCAAACGCUCAAUG